CCUUUCGCAACACUUUUUUCCUUUAUCGCAGUAACCUUUGAUUAUUAUUAACUACAAUGUCUUCUGCAACUUGUGUAUUUGAGGACCGUUUUGUUGUUCGGUCUAUUGACAAUUCUAAAUUCGAGCGUGUUUCACGUAUAACGGCUAAGAGCACUGGAUUCGAUGCUGAAUUGCUAUUGGACAUUAACAGUGACAUUUUCCCGGUAACGGUUAAAUCGAUGUUGCACAUUCUGAUGACGAACAACCUUCUUCCGAGUGGUUCUGACGUUAACUUGAGCGACUACAGCGAUUUACCAUCACUUAUGCGUGACUAUGAAUAUGCCAUGUAUGGUAAGAUUUUUAAAUUUGAGGACGUAUCUUCUGAGACCAGGACGAUUUACGCAUCCUUUGGCGGUUUAUUGAUGUCUUUAACUGCUGACAAGCAGGUUAUUGCAGAUUUGGAUCUUGACAUGCGCAUAUAUCUCAUGGCGCGGCGUAUAUCUGCUGCGCGUUAACUUGAUGAUAUAACAAUG